UCAUGCAAGAAUAAAGAUUUUAGAUUUCCUAUCCCCAAAUGUAAAGUAUGUUUGACACAGCAAAUUUAUAAUCUGGAUAAUCAGCUGAAAUUUUACAUUAACUUGGGUACAUAACUUAAUAUCUAUAUUAGGGAUGUUGAAUCAAUAAUGAUUAAAUUAGAAACUGAUUCCAAAAAUGGUAUAGUUGAUAUUGAAGGAAGGUAAGAGCAAUUUGGAAGCAAUCGAUUAGAUCCUCCAAAAUUAUCUCCUUUCUAUAUGUGCAUGUACAAAUAAACAAAAGACUUCUGCAUCAGAAUAUUGGCAUUCGCUACAAUAAUAAUGUUUAUGAUGGCUUUUUUCUCUGAAGAACCAUUUGAACAAAUAGUAUAAGCAUUUUCUAUACUUAUUGCCAUCUGUGCUGUUGUAAUAAUAGGAGCUAUGACUGAUUACAGAAAAGAAAAAUAAUUUAGAUAAUUAUAUUUGGAAUAAGAAGAAUAAUAAAAAAAACUAUUUUAAGUUGUUAGAAAUGGAAAUGUUAAUUAAAUGAAUCAUCUUGAUUUAUUAGUAGGUGACAUUAUCACAAUAAAACCAGGUGAUAAUAUCACUGUUGAUGGAAUAUUACUUGAAGGAACAGAAACAGUUGAAGUAGAUGAAAGUAUGAUUUCAGGUUUGACAGAUACAAUCUCUAAAUAACCAAUAUCAAAAGGAUUCAAUUGUUUUAUACGUGGAGGUAGUAAUAUCUUUGAAGGAACAGCUAAAGUUAUAGUAUUAGCAGUAGGUUCAUCUACAUAUUCUAAUAGAAUGAAACAUGAUAAUUAAUAAAAAGAAGAAGGAGAAGAAGAAUUGAUACAUGAUGAAAGAUCUCCAUUAGCAAAGGCACUUGAAACCUUAGCUAAAUUUUUAGUAUUUAUAGGUUGCAUGAGUGCUUUAGCUAUGUUUAUAGUUCUAGAAUUAUAUAUGGUGAGAGAAUUGAAUGAAUUACAAGAGAAAAUAUUCUCUUAAUUUGCACUAAAGAAAGUAUUAUCUGAUUUUAUUGAUGCUUUCUUAAUCAUUGUUUUAUCUAUACCUGAAGGAUUACCAUUGAUUGUGACUUUAUCUUUAGCAUUUUCUAUUGCUAAAUUAAGAUAAUAAGAUAUUGUAAUUAGAAAUUUGCAUGUUUGUUAAGUAUUAGGUGGAGUUGAUACAUUAUGUUUUGAUAAGACAGGCACUUUAACUUAUAAUAAUCUAAAAGUUAGCAAUGUUCAUAUUGCAAAUGAAGAAAGAGUUCACAAUAUACCACCUUAAGAUCCAUUAUUUAGAAUAUUAUCAGAAGCAAUUCUAUCUACUAAUUCAGCCUUUUUAUCAGAUGAAAUUGCAAAAUAAUUAAAAUAUAAUGAAUAAUUAGAUAUUAAUAAGAAGACAUAAGAAUAAGCAAAGAUGUUAUCAUCUGUUAAUGAUGUUUCGAAAAAGAGUGAUUGGAGUGGAAAUAGAUUAGAUGUUGCUUUAAUUGAUUAUUUGGAAGUUAAAUUAAGAAGAGAUAUUGUUGUUGAGUAUAUGCAAGAUUUAAAGAAUUAAAUUAGAAAAACUAUUCCAUUUAAUAAUUAUGGUUUACAUGCUGAAGUUCUUCAUGUAAGAGGUGAUAAAUAUAGAAUCAUUUUGAAAGGAAAGGCUAAAGAUAUUAUAGAGAAAUGCAAUUAACUUAAUAUAUCAAUUCCUGAUAAUCAAAAGUUUUAGAUAUAUGAACCAGGAAAUUAUACAAUUUAAUAUUGUUCUUAUUCAAAUAUGACAAAUGAAAGUGCAGAAAUUGAAAAAAAUGCUGUUUUAAAUUAUAAUUCAUAAUCCUUAAAAACUAUUUCUUUUGCAUAUAAAGAUAUCUAAAUAUCAAAUCUUAUUGAAUAAGAUUGGUAAUAAUUAUUAACAGAAAACAAUUUUAUAUAUAUUGGUACAAUUGCAAUGAGAGAUGAUAUAAGAUAGGAAGCAAAAAGAUUAGAUAGUGCCUUAAAGAUGGGAAAUAUGAAUGUUAUGAUUUUAACAGGAGACACAAGAGUUAAUACUGUUAAUGUAGCUAAAUAAUUAGGUUGGGUAAGUUGUGAUUAGGCAGAUGCAGAAAUUCAAAGAACUAGUGAACAUCUACCUAAAUCAUCUUAAUUAAUUAAUCAUUAAGAGAUUAUUAUUGAUCCUACAACUGGUGAGGAAUAAAAGAAUGCUUAAAUUAUAUCAACAAUAAUUGAGAAUCAAAAAGAUGAAACUUAACCUUUAUUAAAAGAUGAUUGUGAAAAUUAAUAUAUCAAAUAAUAAUCAUUUAGUAGUCUUUUAAUUUUGAACUUUUAAGAAUAUGUUAUUAGAAUUAGAAAAAUAUUGAAGGAAUCAAAUAUUUAUUAUACUCAUUAAGAAGUAAAUGAAAAAAAUAUAGUAUCUAAAAUACCAGAUAUAUUAGAUGAUACUUUAGCAAGUUAAGUAAUAUUAUUUUAAUAUAAUUUAGAAAGUUUAAAAAUUGAAUAAUUAAUUAUAGAUUUUAGCAGAUUUAAAUUAACAUCAAAAACAUUAAUUCUUAGAAGUAUAUUCAAAUAUCAAUGAAUCUACUAUUGGAUAUAUUGGAGAUGGUAAUAAUGAUGCAAUAGCAUUGUAAACUGCUUCAGUGGGUAUAACUUUGGGUAAAACUGCUACAAACAUAGCAAGAGAAUGUAGUGGAGUAAUCUUAAUGAAUGAUAGAUUAGAUGGCAUUGAAUUAUGCAUGAAAUUUGGUAGAAAUAUCUUUUUGAAUAUCAAAAGAUUUAUCUACUUUUAAUUGAGUUUCUUUUUAAAUUCAAUUGCUAUUAUGUUGACUUCCUCAAUUGUAUUAAAAUAACAACCAUAUACAGUAUUGGAAGUUAUUUGGUUAAGUUUGUAAGAUUUAUAUUCUUUAUAUUUUUGUUAGAGUUCAAGAUAUCUUUUCUGCAGUUGCAUUGAGUACAGAAGUACCUUAAGAUGAUAUAUUAAAGAGAACUAAACCAGCAAAAAGAGGAGAAAAUAUAAUUGAUAAGUUUUUACUUUAAAUGACUUGUACUCAAGCAGUCUUUUAAUAUUUAGCAACCCUUAUUGUUUUAUUUUUAACUCCUACUAUUUUUGGAAUUGAGUAAUGAUUUUAUUAUAUAUGAUAGACCAUCAUACAAACAUGAUUUACAUGCACUUGGAGCUGAAUUCAUACCAGAAUUUGCAAUUCAUUAUACUUUAGUAUAUCAUUUGACUGCUAUGUUUUAAAUUGUCAAUUUGAUAUGUAGUAGAAGAAUAGGAUAAAAUGAAUAUAACGUUUUUGAAGGAAUUCAUAAAAAUAAACCAUUUACAAUUAUGAUUGUUGGUUUACUUAUAAUUCAAUAGGUCAUUAUUUAUGCAGGAGGUAAGUAUUUCAAAACAGCAUAAUUGACAAUUUGGUAAAAUAUGUUCUGUCUUUGUUUAUCAUUUGGAGCCUUGGUUGUAUUUUGGUUGUCUAAAUAUCUAUAUUCAACCAGAAAAUGA